GGAGUUCAUCAUCAUGGAAUGAACGGCGCAUCAAAAUCUGUUUAGUUUCCAACGACAGUAAAUUUGCUAGUGGAUCUUCACUUUCUGUGAGAUUAACUGUGCCUGAUGCUAUGGAACUUUUGGUUCGAUUGGUCCUAAGUCUAGCUGUAGUAAAUGAUGAACAACUUCAUUCUGAGCAUCCAUCUUCUAUUACAUCUCAAAAAAUGUCUGAUAAUAUUGAAAAUUACUUUUAUCGCAAUAGCAAUAAACCACACCAUGAAUUAUAUCUCAGAAUUGUUUCCGAAU